UUCAUGCAGUCAUGGAAGGAGACUGAACUGUUCUUUUUAGUGUUUACCCUUUACCAACUCUGCACUCUCAAAAGACUCCAUAGUUUUGAAUUUGGGAUCCUUUCGAUUCACCACUGUCCCUUUCAAUCUUCACAAACCCUACUUUGUCACCAUUGCUCCUUCUCUCUAAAUGGGUUGGAAUCUCUUCUUUUGGCUUAUUAUUUGUUUCCCUUCCAACAUUGCCCUUCUCGCUUCAACUUUCUACCAGGUUUUGAUCCUAUCUGACUUGGAAGCUGACUAUAUCAACCCGUUUGAUGCUUCAUCUCGGAUUAACUACUUCGUACUUCCUGAGUUUAUUGGACAGGGAGUGUUGUGUGCCCUUUGUCUCUUCACUGGUCAUUGGUUCAUGUUUUUGCUCACAGUUCCUGUUACUUGCUAUCAUGUCAUGUUGUAUGUGAAAAGAGAGCAUCUUAUUGAUGUUACUGAAGUUUUUAGGGUACUUAAUGCUGAGAAGAAAUUUCGGAUAGCCAAACUUGCUUUGUACUUAACGGUCCUCAUUGUCACUAUCUUCAGGCUUACAUUAAUCGGUGUGUACUAUUUAGGUAUCGAAGAUGAUGAUGACAUGGGAAACCUUUGGUAAACCACAACAUAUGCUAUGUGGCAACCAAUGUGUAAGUUGAAACCCCUUUUUAGGGGGGUUGUUGGGAGGGUCCCCUUUUUAGUGGGAAUUUGUGAUUUGAUUUGUACCCUUAGGUUUAGAACUUAGAACACAGCUGCUCAUAGAAAUAGAAAUCUUAGUCAUUAACUUGAAUGAAAGACUGCAAACUCGAGUAUACUCUUCGUUUGAUAUCUAUUCUUUUUUAAGUUUAAAUAGCUUGUCCACUGAAUUUGAUGUUUAA